GCAAGAGUGCAAAGGACGCGGCGUCAAUUAAGCACCGGAUUCCCCCUCGUUGUGAAUUUCUGGAUUAUGGGGACGUCGUUAUGCCACGCAGGGUGAACCUCAGCCGCUUUCCAAGAUUAAAUCACCCGAGCUAGAAACAAGGAGCACGUCAAAAAAUGUGCAUGAAUCAGAUUUUGUUGAGAGGCUGCUGCACAUCAUCGGGAUUUCACCUGUAAAUACCUCUGGGAUGUUUUUUGUUUUUUUGUGGUUUUAGUGCGCGCAGUGUGCAGUAGGUGUGUAUGUGUGCUGCUCGGAGUUGUCAUAGCUCGCAAGCAUCACCUUGAUAAUAAUUCUCAUUUUAAUAUCGGCGUGAGUCAUGUGCAGCGUGCAGUAGUAACCAUGCAGAACCCGUGUCGUGUCGUAACACUCUGUAGAGUAUUUUAAAUGAAUAUAUAAGUGAUAAAUGUUGAACUAAUUGGCUCUGUGGAUCGUUACACCAAACGCGUUAAUAGGACUUCGCAUUAUUCCCACACAAUAAAGCGACGCAGGGGCUGUUUGAAGUCACAUGUGCCCAGAACAAACAAUUAAGAUGACAAAAACCGUCCUCAGAAGAGAUUCUCCAUAUUACCGAGGAAGCUGCAUUGGGAUCACAUCUCAGUUCCUGGAUUGCACUAGAGUUGGAGGACAGGGAGCAGAGGAAGAAGAGAGGGAGGAGAAGCAGAGGAGAGCUGCUGAGCUGCACAACAGAGCCACUGCUGAUGGGCAAGCUUUGGCUUCAGUGAUGGACUGAGCUGAAGGUGACGGGACCCCCUGUGACAGCCGGCUUCACGUUUUCCUCAAGAGCCUUCACGCUUGACAAAAGGCAUGUAUGGACACACUGCAGCAUAGCAAGUACACCUGGAACCUCAGCCCCUUCCCAAGUGCCCUGGAAACCUACCGGAUUCUGUCUGCAACCACAGAUGUAACUAAGCUUUCAAGAUUUCUUCACCAGGAAGUCCUGUGUUUUUGGCUGCAUGGACACAUCUUCAAAGUCGUGGCUGCCGCAUCAGAGUCAGUUUGGGUUGGUUGGUCAAGCGGAGGUUUGCUGUGGCGGACCUGGAGUUUUAACCCCAAACCAAUCUCGCAGGGCAAGUUUUGCCUCUGUAAGACAGUCAAGCAUGGAGACCCCUCCCAAUGCCACCCCACAGCCCUUCAGACAGCCGAGUUUUCUUAAUCGAAGGCUGAAGGGCUCCAUCAAGAGGGCCAAAAGUCAACCCAAACUGGACCGGACCAGCAGCUUCAGACAAAUGAUUUUGCCUCGGUUUCGAAGUGCUGACCAAGAGAGGACACGCUUGAUGCAGAGCUUCAAAGAAUCCCACUCCCAUGAAUCCCUACUUUCUCCGAGCAGUGCUGCGGAGGCUUUGGACCUAGUUUUGGAUGAAGAUGCCAUAAUCAAACCUGUCCACUCGAGCAUUUUAGGACAAGAGUACUGCUUUGAGGUGACCACCAAUUCAGGGACAAAAUGUUUCGCCUGCCGUUCAGCUUCAGAGAGAGACAAGUGGAUUGAAAAUCUGCAGCGAGCUGUAAAACCUAACAAGGACAACAGCAGACGGGUGGACAAUGUGCUCAAGUUGUGGAUCAUUGAAGCUCGAGACCUCCCGGCUAAGAAACGCUACUAUUGUGAGCUGUGUCUGGACGACAUGCUGUACGCACGCACCACCAGCAAACCCCGGACCGACACCGUCUUCUGGGGCGAGCAUUUUGAAUUCAACAAUUUGCCUACCAUUCGUAGCCUUCGAUUGCACCUCUACAAGGAAACUGACAAAAAAAGACGCAAGGAGAAAAGCACAUAUCUCGGUCUUGUCAGCAUCCCCAUCUCCAGCAUCACGGGCCGGCAGUUUGUGGAGCAGUGGUACCCUGUCAUACAGUCCAGUGUCCUCGCCAAAAGCGGCGGUGUUGGAAGUACCAAAGUGAUCAACGCCUCACUACGUAUCAAGUCUCGCUACCAGACAAUGAACAUCCUCCCGAUGGAGCUGUACAAGGAGUUUGCCGAGUACAUCACCAACAACUACCGAACACUGUGUGCCGUUCUGGAGCCACUGUUGAGUGUGAAAAGCAAAGAGGAGGUGGCGUUCGCUCUGGUGCACAUCCUGCAAAGCACAGGGAAGACAAAGGAGUUCCUGUCUGACAUGGCCAUGUGUGAGGUGGAUCGGUUCAUGGACCGUGAGCACUUGAUCUUUCGGGAGAACACGCUAGCUACUAAGGCUGUGGAAGAGUACCUCAAACUGAUAGGUCACAGAUACCUCAAGGAUGCUAUAGGUGACUUCAUUCGAGCCUUAUAUGAGUCUGAGGAGAACUGUGAGGUGGAUCCCAUGCGUGUCCCGCCGUCAGUCCUCGCCGACCAUCAAGCCAACCUUCGAAUGUGUUGUGAGCUGUUACUCUGCAAGAUCAUCAACUCUCUCUGCAUAUUUCCCCGGGAGCUGAAGGAAGUGUUUGCCUCAUGGAGAGCCAGAUGUGCUGAGCGUGGAAGAGAGGAUCUCGCCGACAGCCUCAUCAGCUCCUCCCUGUUUCUCCGCUUCAUGUGCCCCGCCAUCAUGUCCCCUUCCUUGUUCAACCUAAUGCAGGAGUACCCCGCUGAGCGCACAUCCCGCACACUCACGCUCAUAGCCAAGGUGAUGCAGAACCUGGCAAGCUUCAGCAAAUUCGGACCCAAGGAGGAGUACUUGUAUUUCAUGAACGAGUUCCUGGAGAUGGAGUGGGGCUCCAUGCAGCAAUUUCUCUAUGAGAUUUCCAACAUGGAAGCCGGAGGAAACGCUGGAGGGUUUGAGGGCUACAUUGACCUCGGCAGAGAAUUGUCCAUGCUCCACAGCUUACUGUGGGAAGUCAUGGGGCAGCUUAGCAAGGACGCUAUUCUCAAACUCGGACCCCUGCCACGGCUGCUGAAUGACAUCAGCGUUGCCCUAAGGAACCCGCAGCUCCACAUGCCUGCAAAUCACCAGCCGGACCGACCGAAGGACAGACUCUUCUCGCGGCCGUCUUUCAAUCGUCUCAUGUCCUCUGACUUCCAAAGCCUUAUGAUGCGUGACUUGAACAGUUCGAUAGACAUCUCUCGCCUGCCAUCGCCUACGACCGGAGUCUCAGCUGUAGAAUCUCUCUCAUCUAAUCUGAACAUGAGGCGUCACGCAGAGCGAGACCUCCGCUCGUCGAGGGAAGUGUUCUACGUGACCCGCCCGCCGCUGGCUCGAUCCAGCCCCGCAUACUGCACGAGCAGCUCAGACAUCACUGAACCGGAUCCAAAGGUCCACAGUGUGAAUAAAAGUGUGUCCAUGAUGGACCUUCAGGACUCCCGUAUGAACAGCAUUUCCAACCUCAACUCUGUGGGAGACAUGCUCACCUCCUCUCAGGCCUCCAUCGCCGGCCUGGGCCACAGCUUCGGAAACCUCUGUGGUCCUCUUCGUAUGGGAGGGCAUCUGCCAGCGGGCUCUGCGGGCUCCGGUUUGAGGCUGAGCCAGAUGGGCCACAUAGGCGGGCCCACCGAAUCCAUCUCUCAACAGCAGCAGCAAGCAGCGGCGGCCAUGCACUUCCCCCUGUCUUUCCAGAACCCGCUAUUCCAUCUGGCCGCCCAUAACUCCCCGGCACAGUCUCAGCCACAUCCCCCUCCUCUCCUCCUCGCCCCAGAGCCCGAGAAUGGCCACCACGACUAUGCACCGGCUUUUGGCAACAGUGCUUUCUCCCGCAGCGAGGACUUGUCCGCCCUGCGGUCACAAAGCAGUCUGGUGCAGCCCAGCAUUGUCCACUCACACAGUUAUAGUGAUGAUUUCACCCGGCAGAAUCAGAGCAACGACUACGCCUGGCACCAGCUGUCACUGCAGGUGCAGGAAUCUCUCCAGCAGCAGCACCUGAUGGGAGUCGUAUCUCAGACACCCACUGGGACAGGCACCCCUGCCUCCUUGGCCACACCACCCACUACAGUACACCCUGUCCGCCAGUCAUCCAUGGCUCCGCCACAACACCUCAAGUCACAGCGGUCAAUUAACACUCCAGCCACCGCCACACCUCCAAAAGUUCGCCCUCAGAGCAGGAACCUCCUCCUCGACUCUUCUGAAUCAAACUUCGGCAGCGGGCCGAAAUUGCGCCAUCAGCAACAGCAUCAGCAGCAGCAACAUCAGCAGCAGCAACAUCAACAGCAUCAACAGCAACAACAUCAACAGCAACAACAUCAACAGCAACAACAGGAAUCUCAGCUGUCGGUGACAGACAGUCCAGCUCCCGGACUCCCGUACCAGACUAGCUCCGCCAAAGAGAACCAGGGCCCACAAGCAGCUGCAGAGGAGUCAACGGACACGCCCACAAAAAGCACCAAGAAGUCUCAACAGACACAACUGCAACCGCCACAGCAACAUCUGCUCAAACCAGGCAAUAAACAGGGUUCUCAGUCCACCUUGAACACCUCAGCCCUCAAUGAACGGACAGUCGCCUGGGUGUCCAACAUGCCACAUCUCUCUGCUGACAUCGAGAGCCUGCGGCCGGACCGUGAGGGUCAGCUGAAAGAGUACUCCAAGAGCAUGGAUGAGUCACGACUAGAGAGGGUAAAAGAGUAUGAAGAAGAGAUAUAUACCUUGAAGGAGCGUCUGAAGAUGUCUCAUCGCAAGCUUGAAGAAUAUGAGCAGAGACUUGUGUCACAGGAACAGCAGACAAGCAAGAUCCUAAUGCAGUAUCAGAACCGUCUGGACGACAGCGAGCGCCGUCUAAAGCAGCAGCAAGUGGAGAAGGACUCUCAAAUCAAAGGCAUCAUCAACAGACUCAUGGCUGUGGAAGAUGAGCUGAGAGUGGGUGCCAUUCCUGAUAUUAAGCCUCGAAUCCUCACUGACCAGGGCUAUGGUCAUCCAGGAUCCUGACUGCCAAUACCAAAGUGACCAGAGUUCAUGAUGGUCACUCCAGUGUAAGAAGACUGAUUCAGAUCCUACAAAAACCCAUGAAGAGAAGUUCUGCAGUGGAUCCAGCAGGACCACUGGAGGCUUCAUCUCAAAACGUUCUUAGAAAAAAACUUUGCACAUAUUCAAACUUUGCCUGUACCAGAACUUGACAAUCAGUUUAGCAUGAGGACCAACGUGUGCAGUGAAUCGUCUGCACAUUUUGACUGAAAGAUAAGCCAAUGCCACAACAAUGGCAAUACUGAACCUAAUGAGUUUCUUUAUUAAAUCGGAAGGAGUGAGAAGAGAUGUGUAAAGCACUGGGGAUGAAGAUGGAUUCAUUUAUUUUCUCCGCUACAAGCAGCCUACUCACUUCUCACUUAAGUGGCUGCAGACACAAUGUAGAAAAGGAUUUUACAAGCACAAUAUCCUCUUAUGGUGACGCCGGUGACAAGCAUGUUGUUAAAUCAGUUGCCGUCUACAAUCCUCAGAUGCAGGGCCCAUGCAAAGAUCUAUAUUACUAUUUGAUUCUGAUUAAAUCGUUUAGUAACAUUUUCACACUGCAACGGUAUUUUCACUUACAAAAGGGAGUUAUCAUUAUGAUUUUCGCACCCUUUUGCAUCCUUUAUAAUACAGCCAUCCCAUCUGAAUAGAUGCCAAACAAAUCUUACAAUCAACCUAAUGCUUCAAAUACAAUCUAAACCAUCUCGUUGGUUACAUUUUCCUUCGGUACACAGUGUAAAGCCUGAACAAGUCUCUUGCCUCUCAGUGUAUAGAAAAGUAUUUCUUAAAGCUACUAAACCUUUUUAAAAAUGGAAAUACUCUACAUAAAUAAUCUGACAUUAUAAUGUGUUUUGUUCACUUUGUAAUAAUAAUAUUAAUCAUAAUAAAAGAUAUAUAUGACAUUUCAUAACAGUGAUACAAAGUGCUUCAUAAAAGACCUGACAUGAAAGACAAAUCAUGUGAAAAUGUAAGAAAAUACUUAAUUUAAAGGGGCACUCGACCGAUUUCACGCAGUACAGUACUUCUGAGCCUUAAACUGUUUUAUAAUGUCUCUGAGACUCUGGAGAAGACAAUAUCUCCGCUUGGGCUUGGAGAAUCCAAUUUCAUAACACAAGUCUGCGUUACAAACUGGGGGUGUGCAGUUACGGCAUUAACCAGGCAGGGAGAGAAAUAUGGGAAAUGUAGGGUCCAGCACAAGACUCCAUUUACACCUGGUACGAGCAUGUGACCUUUAUCUGGAUACAUUAUUUGGAUUAAAAACACACCAUGAGCCUUUGCAUUUACACCUUGGUAUGCUAAGCAAUGCCAUGGAUGGGUGUCCUUAAUUUGUAAAUCACUUUUUGCAUGGGUAAGAAUGUCUAGCUACCGCUACUAACCGUGGUUUCGGUAUAGAGCCGGGUGUUGUAUAAAUGACGAUACCACCAACAAUAUAAGUAUACUUUAAGUGAUACCGAUACCAAUGGAGUACUUUAUUUGAUACCUUUUUUCCAUCCAAAUGAUUUGAACCCAAAUACAUUUUGAAGGAAUUAUUGAUUGAUGCGGUGAUGUAUCAUGUGACUUAUUCCCUUUCCUUCACAUUUUAUGCAUUUAAUUUUAUGUGUAGUACAGCUAUACUUUCAAAUGUUUUGGUGGCAUCUUGAAUCGCUGAACUGCCAACCCCUAUGAGUGGUAGCUGCCGAGUAUUAUGCUUGCGGUGAUUGGCUGCGAUCAAAGUCAUAAAAAUACUUUUUUUCUUCUUUCUAGAUACAAAAAAGGAUCAAAUACAGGUAUUGAGAAGUUUGGAGACUACUUAGUACUUGGUUAUUUCAGUCGAUACCUUAAAGGUACCAAUACCCAGCCCUAUUCCGGUGAUUUUUUUUCUUAAGACUAUGGUCACACUGUACAGAUGUGAUUUACUCAAGGUAACUAUGUCACUAUGUGAGCCUGACCCUUACAGAUGUGGUCUGGCCUGUCUGAUCACAUUCCGAUUACGGGCUUUUAAACCUAGCAUUUACAUGUGUUUUUCUUUCUUCCAGAUAGGACAUCCAGAUACAGAUGGCAUGUUAAUUCCAGGUGUAAAUGGGUCUAAGAGUCCGGAUAUAUGGGCCUCAGCUGCUUCAAUUCUUUUUGUAAUCUAUCUCCUACAAGGCCUCUUACUUAAUUGAAGUGCAAUACUAAAUCACUGGAGUGCCCCCUCCUCCUUUUAGGGAUAACAAACUCUACUACAUCUAUUUAACAUUGUCUUUAACAAAGGUUAUGUUAUUAGAAGUAUUCGAAAGAUGAAAAUGACAGCUGUAGCUUCUCAAGCAGCAACAGCAGGGCUCCAGCUCAUCUUUGAUUGACAGCUCCGAAUGAAUGUUCGUCUCAUGGACUGUCUGGGAGACAGUGUUGGUCUAAAGCCAGCCGAAACUAACCAAGCGUCAAAAGUAAUAAAUCAACCUGAAAAAAAAAAAAUCACAGCCUUCAUUUCUGCCAUUUUCAUUAUUGAUCUUUUUAGCCUUUUCAUGUUUAGUUGUACAGCACUUUGUAACAUUGGUUUGAAAAGUGCUGUAGGAAUAUUUUUUUUAAUAACUAUGAUUAUAAACAUUAUGUGCAACUGGAAACAAAUCAUAUUAUAGCAAGUAGUGAAUUACUCAUCUGUUGUGUUUAAUGUUUCUGAAGCAUAGAUGUGCAACAGUUCUGCAUGUGCUUUUUAAAUGCGAGGACGAGUAAGUCGAUUUGUUGUCAGAUAUUAUUCUAAUGUACAAAAAAAACUUUAACCUUAUUGGAAGGCAUCUUUUUGUAUCCAGCCUGCUGACUCUUCCGUUUUUUUUCAGAAGAGCGUGGCAUUCAGCCUUUUGCAUUAUACAACAUGAAAGUACUGAGAGAAAUGACAACAGUGAAAACAACAGAACAAUAAAGAGUUUCCAAGCAGGGAUAUGUAGUAUAUGUGCAUAGGAUUUGACUGCCUUACAGUCUGUGCCACACGGCCCAAAAAUAACAAUGCCAAUACAAAAAAAACUUGUAAACUUUGUAUAUUAAAUGUCCUUUUUUUGUAGUCAGGUGAUGAAUUAAUAAGCAGUGUGUUGGUUGACUCUGUAUAUUCAGAAUCAUUUAUAUUACACAUUUCAUGGAUUGAUAUAGUUUAUCUUAACCUCUUGCCUUUAAAAAUACAUUUUCUUUCAAGAUAAAUAUCAAAUGAUACAAAGUUAUAUGUUUAGGUUACCAGAAAUGUAUAAAAUAGCUUAAUGUAUAUCUAUUCUUAUAUGUAAAAUGUAUUCAAAUCAAGGGUAGGCCUUCAGGCAUGUUGAACUUGUGGUAAAAACUGAUUCUUAUAUAGUAUAACUCUUAAUGCUGCAAUCCAGAAACUACAGUGCGAUGGUGAGACUGUGUUCACGGGAUGAGAGCUAAGUAAUUUCCUAGCAUAGCACAUUUCUGUCCUGUGGAAUAAUAAGACAAAUUCUUAAAGUAUCUCGCCUAUGUUUGUGUAACCAAAAUAGCAGUGGUGCUUUCAACAAUACUGGAUUGCAGUUUUAAGUAAUAUUUAAAAAUAAUGCGUUUUAUUUAUUUGGCCUGCAUUGCAAUACAGUAUUUUGAAAUGUUAUACUGCACUUCUGUUUUCAUUUUACGAGACGCUGCAAUCCAUAAUCUGACAGAUGUUUAUAAAGACAUACAAAUCUAUGAUAUGCCCAUGUGUUCUUGAAACUUUCUUUGUGUUAGCUGCAGUGGUACAAAUCUUUAUACCACAACCUGAGAGGAUGCUUUAUACCAUGUGGCUUAAAAACCUCCAUUCAUUUAAGAGACAGUGCUGUUUGGUUGCUCGAUCAUUGCUAUUUUAGGAUUUCCUAUGUAUAACGUUUGCCAUCACGGGGCCCUUUCUAAAGUUCGUCCUGUUUACUAUUGUAUUUAAGUGCCGUUACCAUUAUACUCACACAAAUCUCCUUUUAAUUAAAGGAUGAGAUUGAUCGUGUUCCAGGUAUUUGUCAGACUCUCAGGUGUUACAAGGAACACAGAGAUAUUGCUAAUAAGAACUUUUGAUAUCUUCAAUGCCAAAUGCACAAAAAUAUUGAGACACAAUCUUUGGCAAGUGAUGAUUAAAGCUAAAUACAAAUCAAAAAGAACAUGAAAUGAAGGAUCUGUGCUAAGGCAACAAUUCUGCUUUUAUUUUAGUUGGUUCCCGGGCCACAUCUCAUCCAUAUAAAUAGUUUCAUUUGCACCUUCUCUUGUAUUGUUUGUUACACAAAAAGGAAACACGACUUUGGUUUCUUGGCCCAAAUGAAAAAUGCGACAAAUGCUCCAGUGUUAUAGAACUUGGUGAGGAAUAUUAUUAAAGUUACUGUUGAAGAAGUGCUUUAUGUUUACAGAAUCAUGAGAUUUUAGAGGAUGUAUGAACCUUUGUGUACCCAGAGGAGAAUAACUGCCGCUUUGCUGCAGCUAAAGCAGGACCUAAUAAAUUAAAUGAGAUAUCUUGUAUAUUUUGAAUAAGGUUAUUUACCAUCUAUCAACAUAUUUAUGUUUCUAAAAUGGAUGUAUAUCAUUAUGGAAUGAAACAAAGUAUUUUUCUUGGCAGCUAUUAUUCUGCACAAUUGAUCUACUGUGUCACAAAUAUAUAGUUGGUGGGAUUUCUGACUUGAAUUGGGCCUACUGGAUGUAAUACCUUCAUUUACUUGACAUUUCUUUUGAAAUAAGCCAUGCCCCAUGGAUAAGCCAUACCCUCCAGCCCCCUGAUGUUGUAUGGUGGAUGUUUAAUGUUGGUAGUUUUAUUUAUGAUGGUAGUUAUUGUAGGUAUGAUUGCGCUUGUAAUUAUUAUUAUUAGUGUAAGUAUAUUUGAUUGAUAUGAUUUGUUUUGUUUGAACAAAGGGAAUGUAUUCAUUUUUCAGGUGAUUUUUCUGAGUGAUUUAAAUAAACGAAUAAAUCCCGAA